AUGGACGGCAUCCAUCCACCGCGACUGCGGACGGACAAAGCGCGCGAGCUGUUUUUGGAGACCUUGCAGGAGGUCUUCCAGCAGCAGGCAGAGGAGUGGGCCGCCGAGACUGGCGAGGAGGCGCCCGGGCCGAUUCCGAAAUGUCACGAGCUGGGGGUGUUUCUUAAAUACGCUCACGCGGUUGUGGAUCCAGACUUCCGCCGCGCCGGAAUCGCCCCGUUUGAGGCCGGGCUUGAGGUUUUGGGAGUCCAUGAGGCGGACUUGGCCGAGACACAGCCCGAGCGGUACUACGAGCUGGUCCAGGAAGAGUGCGCGCGCGUGCGGGAGAAUCUGGAGGAUGACGAGCUCUCGGAUCUGGUUAAUAAAUCCCUGAUUGCCCCCAAUCUUGAGGUCGACGAUCUGGAAGUAAAGGCCGGCGUGAUCACUGGCACCGGCUAUGUCGAUGAAUAUCCUCAGUGGUAUAGUACCUAUCUCUACUGCCGUCAUCGGGUGGAUGCAGAUGAGAACAAGGAUAAUAUCCCUGAUGCCCCAAAUAUCCACGAUUGGGGGUGGCGGGUGGUCUUUCUCGACGCCGAGCCGGUGAGCUACCUUACUCCUCUAGUCCUGUACGGGCGCAAGCCGCGGUUUGACUCGAUCCCCGAGUUUUUAGAUUGGUACUGUACCUGGCUGGACCACCUGGAUGCCCGGGGUAUACUGAGCCUUCGCCGUCAUGCGAAUAGAUGUGAAACCGAUUGCGAGUCAGACUGUGAAAUACACAACUUUGCACCGGCCCCUUUUCCUCCUGGUUAUGGUGAGAAGCAAUGUAUCUAG